AUGACCACCACUAACAAGACCCCUCCUGGUGCAGAUCCAAAACAGCUGGAGAGGACUGGAACUGUUCGAGAAAUAGGAUCACAAGCUGUUUGGUCACUUUCCUCUUGUAAACCAGGAUUUGGCGUAGACCAGUUACGAGACGAUAAUCUGGAAACGUACUGGCAGUCUGACGGAUCACAGCCUCAUCUGGUGAACAUACAAUUCAGAAGAAAAACGACAGUGAAGACACUUUGUAUUUAUGCAGACUAUAAAUCUGAUGAAAGUUACACUCCAAGCAAGAUCUCUGUCAGAGUAGGAAACAACUUUCACAACCUCCAGGAAAUCCGGCAACUUGAAUUAGUGGAACCAAGCGGUUGGAUUCAUGUUCCGUUAACCGAUACUCACAAGAAACCUAUUCGCACUUUUAUGAUUCAGAUUGCUGUUUUAGCUAAUCAUCAAAAUGGAAGGGACACUCACAUGCGACAAAUUAAGGUUUAUACACCAGUGGAAGAAAGUUCUAUUGGUAAAUUUCCUAGAUGCACCACAAUUGAUUUCAUGAUGUAUCGGUCAAUCAGGUAAACAAGAGAUAGUUUUGUAUUUAAUUUAUGUCAUUGUAUUUUUUG